ACGUCUGGUCAUACACAUAUUAUUCUAACUUUGGUCAAGAUGAUUUCCUGCGUUAUUUCUUUAUUUGUUUUGGUGCCAUUGGUACUUAGUUGCUGUAUCCCUAGUCAAUGGGAAGGACUACAAGGUUUAGCAAUGGGACAAAUUAAAGAUGGAAAACCAAGCAGCAUUGAGGCCUUACUUAAUAUAUCGUUUGACGCUACUGCAAAGAAAAUAUUUGUCGCCGGUAGUAUAACUGUUGAUGACAAAAGCUACGACGAACAAGUUCUUCAAGAUUUCAGCACAGGAAAACAGUACGUUGUUGUAUCCGGCCAGUGUAUUGCUACUGCAAUAACAGAACCAUUUCCACAGACAUGCACCAGUCCUAGUGCUAAGAAGUUGGCGACAACAUUUGUUGGUGCUGGUCAGAAUAAACUCAUUGUUGAACUGUAUAAUGACGAUAUGGACGGAAAGAAAACUGAUAUUACGGUAUUGCAGGGAUCCUGUAUUCCUGUCUCAGCCUAUCAAAAAUCAGGACAGACCGUAACAUUUAUAAACUAUUUAGGAAUAACUGCAGGAAUCAGCAAUGCCACUAUUUUUGACAUCCCGAAACCAUGUAAAAACGCCACUAUCAUGCCGGAAAAUACCAGACAUUUUAAAUCUACUGUUUUGUUCCGUUAGGAGGAAACCUUUCCAAAGAAGAUAUUCAAAAGUCAUCCAAUUGCUUUAAUCGCUGUCAAAUCUAUUUUUGACUGUCUAAAGGUUGAAAUAAAGACUACAUAACGAU